AUGGAUUUUUCUCCACCGCAUUCUUCUUGCUUCUUUCUUCUUCUGCUGCUGCCAUUUUCCACUAAUGGUCAGACAUACAGAAAAAUAACUUUGGGCUCAUCUCUCACGGCUGCAAAUGACAACUCUUCUUGGACUUCACCAUCUGGGGAUUUUGCUUUUGGAUUCCAACAAAUUGGCGAUGAUGGCUUCUUACUAGCCAUAUGGUUCAACAAAAUACCUGAAAGAACCAUAGUCUGGUCAGCGAAUAGAAAUGAUCUAGUUCAGAGGGGAUCAAGGGUACAACUUACCACAGAUGGUCAGUUGACCCUAGAUGACCAAUCAGGCACACAAUUAUGGAGCACCCUUAAUUCCGGUGGAAGUGGAGCUGCCUAUGCAGCCAUGCUUGACACAGGAAACUUUGUGCUAGCAAGCCAAUCAGCUGCCAAUUUGUGGCAGAGUUUUGAUCAACCAACAGAUACAAUGCUGCCCACACAGACUCUGAGUCAAGGUCGUGAACUAAUUGCUCCCUACCUAGAAAAGAAUUAUUCAGACGGAAGAUACAUGUUUGCUCUACAACCUGAUGGGAACCUUUCCCUGUACACCACACGUUAUCCAUCUACUACCAAUAAUUUUGCCUAUUGGUCCACCCAAGAUUCUAUUGGCAGUGGUUAUCAGUUCAUCUUUAACCAGUCUGGCUAUAUGUAUCUAAUAGCAAGAAAUGGUACUAUGAUUAAUCCUGUAUUCUCUAAACCAGUUUCGAUGCAAGAUUUCUACCAGAGGGCAACCCUUGAUUAUGAUGGAGUUUUUAGGCACUAUUUCUACCCAAAGAUUGCUGCUUCAAGCAGCAGAAACGGGGAUAUGGCCUGGACUACUUCGUCUUUCGUACCAUCAAAUAUCUGCACGGCUAUUCAAGGACAAGUAGGCAGUGGAGCAUGUGGUUACAACAGCGUGUGCAGAUUAGGAGAAGAUCAAAGACCACGUUGCGAAUGUCCUCCGGGUUACACUUUCGUGGAUCCCAAUGAUUUGAGGAAGGGAUGUAAGACAAACUUUGUUUCACAGGAUUGUGACCAACCAUCGCAAGGAACAGAUGGCUUCGAGUUGGAGGUGAUGCCUAACGCAAAUUGGCCAUUCAAUGAUUAUGAAUUUUUUGGUUCAGUGAGUGAGGAUUGGUGCAGACAGGCUUGCUUGAGUGAUUGCUAUUGCGCUGUUGUUAUUUUCAAUCCUGCUGGACAGUGUUGGAAGAAGAGAAUCCCUCUCUCGAAUGGGAUGAUAGAUCCAGGCCUCGGUGGAGCCAAAGCCCUGAUAAAAGUAAGGAAAGGCAACUUCACUGCAGGUUCAUGCGCAAAGAAGAAUGAUCGAUCAACUUUGAUCAUAACAGGCUCAGUACUUUUAGGGAACUCCGUCUUUCUAAAUGUGAUCUCAUUGCUAGGAAUCUAUGUGUUCUUUUCUCGAAUGAACCGACAAAAAGCAAAAAUGAUCCCGCCACAUAACGGCUUGCCCGAUGUGAAUCUGGUAAGUUUUACUUACAAUGAGCUCGAAACAGCUACUGGAGGAUUUAAGGAAGAAUUGGGAAGUGGUGCUUCCGGAAUUGUUUACAAAGGGCUUCUGGACAAUGAAGAUACACCCCUCGUUGCAGUAAAGAAGUUAUAUAAGAUGAUCAGAGAAGGGGAGCAAGAAUUCAGGACAGAAGUGAAAGUUAUUGGCAGAACAAAUCACAAGAAUUUGGUCCAACUUCUCGGAUUUUGUGACGAAGGGCAACAGCGACUUUUGGUCUACGAAUACAUGAGCAAUGGCUCCUUAAAGAAAUUGGAGCUUGAUGCAAUGGAAGAAGAUCAGAUAGUUCUUGCAGACUGGGCAUAUGAUUGCUUCAAAGAAGAAAAGUUAGACCUUUUAGUACUAGAAGAUGAAGAAGCCAUGGAAGACAUGAAAAGGGUGGAGAUUUUUGUGAUGGUAGCAAUUUGGUGCAUCCAGGAGGAUCCAUCUUUAAGACCUGGAAUGAAGAAAGUUUUACAGAUGUUAGAAGGAGCUGUUCAAGUCCCUAUUCCUCCGGACCCUGCAUCAUUUAUCCGCUUUAUCUAA